UAUGUUGUGCGGUAACCUAACUUUUUGGCGCCUAUUCUGCAUCCUAAAGUUUUUUUUGUGUUGUCUUUCUGUUUGGGAAUUUUUCCGUAAAUUUUCUGGCUUUCGUACAAGUCCAAGAAUAAUCGUAAUUUGUGCAAGAGGAUCAAGAAACUUCCGCCUAAGCGUUGGCAUUAGAAUCUGUGCGAUCGCACUGAGCAUUUUCCGGGUUUUGGUACAUUAAACAAGAAUGACAACUCAGAUGCCGCGGCGACGUUCCGUUUUGCAGGAACUCUCAGCAACAUCGGACAAUCUCUACCUGGACGACUCACUCCUGGACAGCCCCAAUAGCAAUUUAUCCCGCAGCUUUGCCUCCCCUGUGCCAUCCCCGGAUGAAAUUGUUAUCCGGCAGCGUGGACGGCGAAGUAUUUCGAUUACAUGGUCGCCGGGGCAGGAGAAAACUAACGGGAAGAAGGCAUCACCACUGAAGACACCCACGAAGAAUAUGUCCCAGAUGGUGCUGCGGAGUUCACCGCGAAAGAGGCUACUCAUGUCCGAUGGGAAAUCCAGCGUAUGCCCAAGGAUGAUUGUUGAGGACACAAAGAAGCUACGAAUUGAGGAGAAAUCCAUGGCACAAAUCAACACACAGAUACCCCUGGCGACAUAUCUCAAAGGCUACAGUCAGGAACAACUGGCUAGCAUCAUACAGAAGCUCGUUCGGGACAAUGCUUCCCUCGAAAAGGCUAUUCGCAGUGAACUUCCGGUUCCAGACAUUAAACCUUUCGAGAGCCAGCUGAUCUUCAUCAAGAAGAGCAUCUACCGCAGCCUUCCGUCUUCGCGAUUGGUGAAGAAGAACGACAGUGUGGCCUAUUCCAGGGCAUCCCUCCACUUGACUGCCUUCAAGAAAGCCAUUGCCGAUCAAGCCACACUUCUCAGCCAAUCGCAGCACUUUGACGCCCUCAUGGACUACAUCCUCAUGGCAUGGCCCAUUGUAAGGAGCACCCCCAUUUGGGAAAAUCACACCCACAACUCCAUACGCCGGCACUGCUUCAAACUACUCGCCUUCCACUGCAAGACAUCCCUUCAGGAGGCGGGGGAGCACCUUGGCGAGGAUCGCCUCAGCCAGCUCUCGUCACAGAUAAAUGAGAUGAUCAGCGAAUGCGAAAAUAUGACUGCGUGCCUCUCAACUUUGGAAUACCUCACCAAAGUUUCCGAAUAGACGGCACCCCCGCGGAUGACGUCAACUCCAUGGAAUGUCUGCCAUAAAAGGAUUCUUUUACGAGAUUCCUUUCUGUCUUGUUCUUCGUUUUUUUUUUCAGCACCCCCCACUUUAUACAUUGAACUUCCUGUUUUUGACUAAUUUAGUGUAGUAAAAAUCCUGUAUUAUACGUCUGAAAUAUAAAAAAAAUUAUAUUGCCAAAA